UGGUGUUUAGUACGUGUUCUGCUGCUCACGUCCGAGUUUGGUUUGUUUGACUGCUUGACUUUAUUUUUAUAUUAAGUUGAAUUUUUCGGUGAUAUGUCUUUUUAUUUAGCCGGUUUUUUAUACCAGUGUUAAAUCAUCGAAUAAUUUACAUGUUAACCUUGCAAACAAAUGUGUGAAUAUCAGUGUGUGGAAAAGAAAAACGAUUUAAUUUCAUAGGAAAUUAAAAGCUUUAUUCUGUAACUAAAAGUGCAUGUGUGUUCCCUUUUCUAACGGAAAAAGCAAAGUGUAUUUAUUAACUUCACUUGUAUUGGGGAGACAAUAUCACGUGGACUCUUUGUUUUAAAUUGGAAUUUCACAGGAAAAAAGGCAAGAAAUCUCGUUUUCCUGCAUCAGUUUUACAAUCCAGUGGUGAUAAUUUUAUAUUGGAAAAGUGAGGCAAUAUUUUUGUAAAAAUAUUCACAAAAGGAUCAGAAGAAUUUAUAUAUAUGUAUAUACUAUGUUGAAUCCAAAAGUUUCGAGUACACAGCAAUAAAGUAUCAAGACGAGGGAGUUAAAGGACAGUAAAAUGGCAGGAACUGGAGAAGUUUGGGUGCAAUGGUUCACAUGUUGUUUAACUCAACAAGGACCUGGAGCUCGGAACAAAAGACAAAGGCCACCUCAGAGAUUAAGGAUAGACCGAAGUAUGAUAGGAGCACCGACGAAUUUUCAACAUACUGGACAUAUUGGCAGUGGUGAUCUUGACAUGGCAAGUGCCCAUCUGAAUGCCAUUCAAACGCAAAUGCAGGGAAAAGGCGGUUACGAAGCGGCCUUCGGUGUUAAGGCUUGCUGAGAUACAGAUGCGCCGAGGGUGCUGGAGACUGACCUGUGACGAAAUUUGCUGAACUUUAUUUCAAGUAUAUCGGCAAUUUUUAUCAAAGACUUUAAAUGAGGAAAACUCUGUAUGAUAUUAUAAGAGAGACCUUGUUGCAUCCUCGUUGUAAAUAAUGACUAAAAAAAAAAGACUCGCAACGAUUUACACGCUUCAUUAAAAGCAACAAGUGUUGGCAAAUAAUAGUUGCAAAUUAAACACAAAAAAAGCGGGACAGAAGAAAAAGCGAACGCAGAACUAUAAUAUAUAUUUAAUGAAGAAGCAAAUAAGAAUUAAUAAUAUGCGCAAAAAUUGUAAUUUGAUUCUUGUUUUACUCGAGAGCCAUUUUUUUCACUUGUAAAUUCUAUACAUAUAAAAUAAUCCUGAUAAUCAAAUUUGCCUUUAGAAAAUUAAAAAAAAUUUCUAAAGAAAAUUACUUAACAAUCGAGAAUUUUUUUGAAUUAAUUAAUUUAUUUUUAUUAAUUGUCAAAAAUAAUAAUUUUCAAGAAAUUCAAAGCAUUUACAAUAAUUAAAAAUAUAAUUCUUUACCUUAUUACAAUAAUAAGAAAUAGAAAAAUUUGAAAGAAAUUUUCUGUUAAAGACAAAUUUCAAAAAAAAAAAAUAUUUGACAAUAAUUGAAUAAAAUUUUAACAAAUGGCUCUCGAUCUUCGAGAGAGAUAAAAUGUGUUCGUAAUAAUUGAACAGCUAGAAUUCCAUCUGUAAUAUAAUAUUCAUUGUAUUCGUAAAUUAAGGAGAGAUUAAUUGCGAGAUAGUAAUAAUUACAAGUGCGAGACUGUGUUUUCGAUCUCAAACCUCGAUCCCUUUUUUUUACCUUGGGACCACUAUAUAUAAUAAGAGCCGCAAUUUUAAAGAAAACAUUCAAAUGAAAAUAUAAAUGAAGGAGAAAAAAUAUUUAAAAAAAAAUUCCGAGUAUACUCUAGUUUUCAUUCGAAUAUUAACUUUAAUCGGUUCUUGCAUUUAAUGUGCCUGCCAAUCGUCCAAAGGAAUCCUGCCUUGAAAUGAUCGGAUCAGGUUAAUUAAAAUCUCGUCGCUUGGCUAUCCUCUACCCAAUAUUGUGAUAAGCUGCGUUUCUCGCUUUCGCGGUGGUAGUUUCUUAUAUAAUAUAUAUAUAUUAUUUUAAUCUCAAUGAUUGAAAAAAAGCGCUAUACACGCUCGUGAUAAUUAUAUUUUACUACGAGGACUGGAUUUUUAGUGGAAUAUUUAGAGCAUGAGCAUUAGAACUAUUUAGAAAAUCCAUUAAUAAUUGUUGACAUGCUUUAGAUUUUAAGAAGGCGAUUAGCUCAAAACCAUUGUACGAUUUAUAAUAUCUUUUCUCUACGUGAAUCAUUUUUAAAAAUAGCGGUUAAUAAUUAAUAAAUAUAGUAUACCGGCGAUAAUCUCAGACAAAAAGUUAAAAACUAUUUUAAAGAUCUUAUAUUUAUUACUUAUUUAUUUCUAAAAUUUGAUAUUUUUCAUUUUUGCAUGACUAAAGAAAUAAUUUUUCUAUGUUUAAUUUAAUGAAUCAAUGAAUUUAAUUAUGAAAUUUAAAUUUUUCAGAGAUUUGCUUAUAAUUUUACUUGGAAAAUUUAUUUAGAAAAUUUCUACAAUUUAUCUACAUCAUUUUCAAUACAUUUUUGUUUUAUUAAAAUUUUAAUUGCAUUAAUAUUGUUUUUCAUGAAUAUCAUAAAUUUAAAAAACAAUUUUUUCUCUUUAAAAAAUUAAUUAAUAUAUUUGAAAUAUUAUUUUUUCACAUUUCAAUUUUAUCAUUAAGUUUAAUUGAAAUAUUUUUUAUUUAACAGUUAAAAAAUUGUUAUUUAAAAAAGAAAUAAUUUUAAAAAAUUAAAUUAUUCAACUAUAUUAAUUUGUGAGAGAAAAAGAAGUCAUUUUUCUUAAUAAAAGAAAAUUACCUCUUAAAAAACUAAAACUUUUUUUUAAAAUAAAUUUAAUAAGACAAAAAUUUAAAGAAACGGUACAUUUUUUGGUUUAUUGAAAAUUUAUAAUUAUAUUAUAAAAAUACUAUUAAAACAACAUUUUAUAUAGUAUUCUUUUAAUUUCGUUUAAUUCAUUCGCUUAUUUUGAAUAAAUCAAAUUAUAUAAAAAUCGAAGUAAAUUUGUAAAAAGAUAUUUUCUUAAGAAAAUAUUUUCCAAGAAAAAUAAACUCUCAUUUAUUAAAAUUGUGUAAAAGUUUGUAUAAGUUUAAAUUAUUCUUUGUAAUAUAAUAUCUAAAGAAUUCUAAACUUAUUCUAAAAUGUAAUUUUUUGUCAGAGAUUAUCACAUUGGGAAACUAUUUUAAAUUAUAUUAAAAAUUUUCAUUAAAAUUAAUUAAAAUUAUCUUUUUUGAAUUCUGUUUAAGCUUAAAAUUUACAUCUGAUACUUUAAUAGAAUAUUUUUUAAACUUCGUAUAUCAUGAAAUUUGAGAAUGUAAGAUAGACAACACUUUGUCAAAUGAGAGUAUAUUAUAAGAGAAUUGACUUUUGUAACAAAAAAAAAAAAAAAUUUGAACAAAUUGUUUAUUAUCGUCAAAUUAUGUAAACGCUAGAAAUUCAUUCUUGGUACUGCGAGUGGUUCUCUUUCGCUGUAUAUUUAUUUAUUUAUCAGGUGUGCUAGCACAAAUUGCGAUUAAUCGUGUGCUGCCUGUGAAAUGAAUUAUUUAUUAAGCCUGUCAAUUGUAUAGUUUCGAAUUUAGUUUAUUUGUAAGUUUUGCGAGGCUCCUAAGAGAGAAUUCUUUUUGUAUAUAAUAUAUAAAUCUAUUUCAGCAAACGAAAAUGCUGAAAGAAGAGGUUUUUUUUCACAAUCACGUAAACGCACAUUGAAAUUGAAUCUGGGUCUUUCCUGUAUUUUUUUUCACGUGGGGGAGUUAAAAAUAAGACUACGCUAUUUACGACUUUGUUAAUAAAACAACAUUUUGUUGCAACUUUUGUAUAUAAUUUAUGUAAACUUUAGUGUUUACUCUCCAAUAAGCUAAUAAUAAUAAUAAUUAUGUCACAUAUAAAUGAAAUUCAUUUUAUAAAGCACAACGCAGAGCUUUUUUGUAUUUUGUUUUUUAGAAAUUGCACCGAGAAAAAAAGAACACUGUGUGCAAUAGAUGAAAUAGUGCAAAUAAAAAUGAUGUUUUGGUUUAGACUCUGUCGAAAUUUCGCAUUGAUGAGUCGCAUGAAUUGUACAGAAUGCCGAUUUUUUUUUAUCAAUUAAUAAUUCAUACUCUCGAUUAUUAUAUAUUUCUCUUUUGUGAUUUUAAUAAUUAUUCGCAUAAUUAAGUAAAGAGAGUAAUAAUUGUAACUCCUAUUGGAAAUAAAUCACUCUAUGAAUAUUGUCAAAUUUUUAAACUA